AUGCUCUCCCUCGAAGCCCGCCGCACCAUUUGCGAAGACACCAUACAGCGAUCCUCCGCCAUCGCGGCCUCCACGCCCAGCGGCUCGCUCUCCAGUGUCUUCAUCGCAUCACAGCUGCCUGCGCUAGCCAAGUCUUUACCUGGUUACCCCAAUGCAGUGCUGCAGACACCGAUCCAAGUCCACGACAGCGACUCUUUUGCGCUGGCACGGAAAUUGACAAAUAGCAACAGUAGCAGCAGCAGCAGUGUAGGCGUCCUCAAUCUAGCUUCAGAUCGCGAGCCCGGCGGCGGCUGGCGCUACGCGCUAUCUUGCACGCAGGAAGAAGCUUUAUGCUACUCGUCGACACUAUACGCAACGCUAAACCCAGCGUGGUAUCCCUGGCCCAACACGGGACCCGGGUCCUGCGCGGGCAUCGUGUCGCCGGGGGUCGUCGUGUUCCGGGAUACGCUAGACGCGGAUGUGGUGGAGCUGGCUGAGCACGAAAGAUUUGUCGUUGUGGUUAUGACGGUUGCGGCGCCGUGUUCGCCUGCUCUGUCUGAGGAUGGCGAGGACUUUGCGGAUGAGGCGGAGCUGGAGGACCUGCGGGAGAAGGUCAGGUUGGUGCUGCGUAUGGCGGCUGGGCAGGGGGUUACGAGGCUGGUGUUAGGGGCUAUGGGGUGUGGUGCGUAUCGGUGUCCGCCAAGGGCUGUUGCAAGAGAGAUGAAGCAGGUACUUGAGGACGACGAGUUUACGGGCUGGUUUGAGAUUGUGACGUUUGCCAUCUAUGCUGGUGGUGCUGUGGGGAAGAGAAACUUGCAUGUAUUUCGAGAAGUGUUUGGAGAGGCUUGA